CCAGUCAGAAUCCAGCUGAGCCUGUGAGAGAUACAGCCCAGGGUGCUGAAUUUUCUCCUUCAGAUCCUGAGACAGAUGACAGUCGUAGUGAGCUCCAGCUGCUGCAGUGUGAGUUGGCGGAGGUGAAACACGUCUGUCAGAAGCUCCGUGAUCAGAAUGCAGUGCUGAUGAGGGCUGUUGCCCAUGGCGAUGACCUCAACCUACAGCUCACCAUGGAGAUGACCGAGUUACGCACCAAACUGGCCAGUGCCCAGCUGGCGGCAGUGAGAGCGCAGUCCUUGGCUGAGGAGCUGGAUGAGGUGCGUCAGGCUCUGAGGGAGAGUCAGGACCAGGAGAGAGUCACCCAUGCCGCCAUCAGCUCUCUGGUAAAAGAAAAUGAAAACUUGAAAGCCCAGCUGAAUGCCAUUGAAGAAAAGAAUGAGAGGUGGAGUCUGGAGAGGAGUAUGGCUGAGGAGCAGCUGAACAAACUGAGGAAGGCCAACGCACACAUUAAGGGUCUGCAGGCAGAGUUGCUGAGGUUGCAGGAACAGUCCUGCAAAACGCUGCUCAGGUUGGAGAGCCACUCUCUGUGCAAUCCAUUAAGGAGGGGUGGGACCAUCCCUAACCAUCACUCCCUACAGCAGGAGCUCCAGAAUCUUCAGACGGGCGGCGUUGUAGAGGAGGGCGGGGCCUCGGAUCUUCACCCCACCCUCAGGAACAUCAUCCACAGGAUCAAAGCCUACGAGACGGAUGCUACGGAGAGUAUGCCUGAUGCUGGGGAACUGAACAGCCUUCAGUGCCUACAGGAAACAUCCAGCAGUAAACAGCAGCUAAUCAACCUGUUGCGUAAUGUAGAGCAACAGCAGCGUGCACUGUGGGCGGGACAUGUGGAGGGGGUGGAGCGUCGUGCUCCAGAGGUGCACUGUUCAGCACUGACCAGCAGGGGGCUCUGUGCCUCCACACACACUGUACUGGAGGCUGAGCUGGAACACACACACACAGCGCUGGAGCACACUCAGACGGCCCUCAUACACUUCAGGACUCAGGUCCAUCAGCUAGAGGCUGAGCUGAGGACAGGACGGCAGCUACACACACACUUCACCUGCACAGACACACACAAAUGUGCACACACACACACAUGUGCCCACACUGACACCGCAAGCCCAGGAAGUCAGACCUCACACACGGCAACUCCAGGAGCUCAAACACCACAGACCUCACAAACUUUACAGACUCAAACUUUACAGACUCAAACUUCAGAGACAGGAACUCAAACUUUACAGACUCAAACUUCACAGACUCAAACUCCAGAGACAGGAACUCAAACUUUACAGACUCAAACUUCACAGACUCAAACUCCAGAGACAGGAACUCAAACUUUACAGACUCAACCUUUACAGACUCAAACUUUACAGACUCAAACUUUACAGACUCAAAUUCCAGAGACAGGAACUCAAACUUUACAGACUCAAACUUUACAGACUCAAAUUCCAGAGACAGAAACUCAAACUUUACAGACUCAAACUUUACAGACUCAAACUUCAGAGACAGGAACUCAAACAUUACAGACUCAAAUUCCAGAGACAGGAACUCAAACUUUACAGACUCAAACAUUACAGACUCAAACUCCAGACACAGGAACUCAAACUUUACAGACUGAAACUCCAGACACAGGAACUCAAACUUUACAGACUGAAACUUCAGAGACAGGAUCUCAAACUUUACAAAAAGCAGGAUGGCCAAAAGACGCAGCCUUGGCCACUGAGCUGAGCGGGGUGAGUGUGGCUACUGCGGUGGAUGGGAGAGUGGGUGUGGUCUCUCACGUGGCUGUAGACGUGCUGCUGGACUUCCUCCAGAGGAUGGAGGCAAUGGUGGGGCGCGCCCUACAGGCCGCUCAGCGCCUGACAGAGGGGGGCAGGAGGGUGGGGGAAGUCAGACGCCGAAUGGAGGAGCUCAAACACAAAAAUCACAUGACCCAGCGCAACCAAUCACAAGACAACAUGACCCAGCGCAACCAAUCAGAAGACAACAUGACCCAGUGCAGCAGGUUCCUGUUGGACUGA